CACCGGUGAACGCUAUCGCUGCCGACAGCAAGCCCAAGGCAUCAAGCCAACGAUAAAAGCAGAGGUACUCGCCGCCUUCCACGCAAACCGGAAUAAGUGCGACACUCGACUCGCACUUCCGACCCCGAUAACCCACUUCGCCCAGCAUGAUCAUUUCGAAGCAGAACAGGCGCGUCAUCUACGAGAACCUCUUCAAGGAGGGGGUGAUGGUCGCCAAGAAAGACUACAAUGCACCAAAGCACGAGGAGCUCGAGUCGAUCCCUAACCUGGAGGUCAUCAAGGCCAUGCAGAGUCUUACUUCCAAGGGCUACGUCAAGACUCAGUUCUCGUGGCAAUGGUACUACUACGUUUUGACUCCCGAGGGUGUCGAGUACCUCCGUGAAUGGCUCCACCUUCCCGCCGAGAUUGUUCCUCAGACACACAAGAAAGCCGUCCGCCCGCCACGGCCUGCGAACGUCCGACCGGGUACUGGUGGCGAGGGCACGUACCGUGCCCCCCGUGGCGACCGGGAUGACUACAGGAAGAAGGAGAGCGCGCCUGGCGAGUACAGGCCCCAGUUCGCGGGGGUCGGUCGCGGCGCGCCGAGGGAUUAAGGGUUUGGUCGGUGGUGGUUUGGCUGCUGGUCGGGUCGAGACGGGCUCCUCCCUCUGUCAUAUGCUAGCCAAAAUGGAGUAUGAGUACGUCAUGCCUAGCUAUGUGCUAUGUUUAUUUCCUUCGCUUUGCUCUCCCUUGUACAAGCAUCCCUGACCUAGUGCCUACCGCGCGUGACCGGCCCCAUCGUGAAC